AGUUUACUCACUGUUGUGGAUCGCCUUUGUUGCCGUGCGCUUUCCGAGUUUUGUUUUGAAUAUAAAUCCACAUUAUUGUUGCACUAUUUUUGUUAACUGGGACUAAUUUCUCUUUGGUUUGGUGCGAUGAAAAGUGUUCGUGUGAAAUAAUGAAAAUUAUGAUAGCAAAUCGCCCCUAAAACCACCUUGAAAGAGCCCGUUCUGAGGCCCGUUUUUUUCUUUUGCCCCGAGAACGUUCUUCUACUUCCAAUAGGUCGGCUACACCUUGCAGUAAAAAUGUCUUCACAAAAAGGACAAACAACGGAGGAAUCUGAUUAUGAAGUUUUGAUGCAACGAAUGCACAUCACACAAGACGGUGCUCGCCGCUCUGCAGACUCCUAUCGCCAGGACAAUGUCCCAGGGGCAUCGCGCAUUGCUUACUCUGAUCAUAAAUACUACGAUCGGAAUAAUUUGGGAAAUUUAGCACAUUCAAGACAGUUAAGUAGUCAGUUUGCUGCCCGUAGCGGUAGCGGUGGACCGGUCUCACCGAUUCGGUUGCAACAGGGCAACAUGCCGGGACAGAGUAGGAUGUAUGAAGUGAAUAACGGUCCCGUUUAUGAAAAUUUAGAGUUUUAUUCGCAUUUCGACUCUAGCAAUAAACGAGCACAACCACAAGUCCCGCAGGGAUCAAAUAAGACUGUUCAGAUGGUACCAACGGCGGCGGGGCGAUAUGCGCACACCCCACUUCCUGAAGUUGAUUCGGCACCGAUCUAUGAAAACGUUGUUGUAUCGCAUUCAGGUCAACGAGCGCAACCACAAGCAUCUCCUGCAACUGAAACCAUUUAUCAACCAGUUGAAUUACCAUCGCAAAUUUCAUCACAUUCAAAAGAUGCAGAUUUAACGGAAAAUGCGUAUGUCCUACCAUCUCCGCAACAUCAAAGAAGUGCAUCAAAUCAAUCGCUUCGAGGGAGUCCUUUGAGUACCAUGCCAGCACAACGAUUUAGGAACUUAUCACUGCCAAAUAAUCAUCAGAUCAAUACGUAUAACGACUAUCAAACCACUCGUAACUCUAACGAGAAAUCUAAUUAUUCCAUGCAAACUAUGCCGCCGAGGAUGAAUAUUUCGCUAAAUCCAAAUUAUAUAGAUGAUAUUAAUAGUUCGGACUACGUUUGCAUGACUGGUAGCACAUUAAAGAAAAAGCAGGAAGCGUCUGCAGAAGCAUCUCGUCCACGGAGUAGUACACCAUCACAAGCAUCUAAUGCCCAACGUUCCAUUUACGCUGAAAUAAAACCACCACCAGCUCUACCAAGUGAUCAAUUAAAGCCUACAUUACCACCAAAUUCAAUUCCACCGGUUGCGAUUUCGCCAACUCCAUCUCAAUCAAGCGUUGGAAGUGGUUCAAGUAAACGAAUCGCAAAAAAUUUACUUCCUUACAAUGUAACCCCACCAAGACCAGCUGGACCGACUGAGGCUGAAAGAAAAAUUGAAGAAUUAACCCGGCAAUUAGAAGAGGAGAUUGAACGAAGCGAAGAGCAAGGGGAAUAUUUCGGCAUAUGUCAUACAUGCGGAGAUAAAGUCACCGGUGCGGGACAGGCUUGCCAAGCCAUGGGCAAUCUCUAUCACACGAACUGCUUUAUAUGCUGCUCUUGCGGACGAGCCCUCCGAGGGAAAGCAUUUUAUAACGUCCACGGGCGUGUAUAUUGCGAGGAGGACUAUAUGUAUUCAGGUUUUCAACAAACAGCAGAGAAAUGUGCAAUAUGUGGUCAUCUUAUAAUGGAAAUGAUAUUGCAAGCCAUGGGAAAGUCAUAUCAUCCCGGUUGUUUUCGGUGCUGUAUUUGUAAUGAAUGUCUCGAUGGCGUCCCAUUUACAGUCGAUGUCGAUCAUAAGAUAUAUUGUGUCAAUGAUUAUCACCGAAUGUUUGCACCGAAGUGCGCUAGCUGUGGAAAAGGCAUCACUCCGGUCGAGGGCACCGAAGAAACUGUACGUGUCGUAUCAAUGGAUAAAGACUUUCAUGUAGACUGUUAUAUUUGCGAGGAGUGCGGCAUGCAGUUAACGGACGAGCCGGAUAAGAGGUGUUAUCCACUAGACGGGAGACUAAUGUGCCGGGCAUGUCAUUUACAAAAACUAGCAAUGCAAACCCCACAUUCCAGGGUAUCGGAGCCUGUAUGUGCAACUUAUCAGUAUAUGGGUUAAGUAAAAUAAAUCUAUAUCUAUUGUAGAAAUUAUUAUUACGAAGAAAGAGAGAAAACAGAUGAAAUAUUUACUCAGCAAUGCUAUAACACUAUUGAAUACUAUAUUCCUUGAAAGGUAGACUAAUAGCGAGACUUAUUCCAUGAACUUAAACUGUAUCACAUUAAGCAUCCGAAGGAUGACUAUUCCAUAAUUCCAAAUAACGUAUAAUUAAAUCUAUUACCUUAUGUAUUAUGUAUUAAAUCAAUUGAUCCGUUGUUAUUGAGAUGUCUGUUGGAAUGAUGUUCCGUGCGAAAAUGCUUUAAUAAAAUAUUAUAUAUUACCAA